AUGAGUCGUAUAAAUCAUCAAAGUAAUAGUACCAUUACAACUACAGUAGUCGAAGAACCCAUCAAUACAACGAUUGCAGUGCAACACCUUACUCUCUCUCCAGAAUUGUCACGUGAACCACGCGUGCGUUGGUCUGCAGAUACAAUAGAUAAUGAAUUCUUGGGUAGGUAUAAAUCGAAAUGUUGUUGUAUUUACAAGAAACCAAAGAAAUGGAAUGAAAGUUCUGACAGCGAUUCUGAUUCUGAUUGUGAAACGGAACAUUGUCGAGGGCAUGUUGAGCAACGUUUUCAUCCAUUAGGUGGUGGUGAUGGAGGAAAAUAA